AUGCGAUUCACGCUCGCUUUCGUUUCCGCCUUUCUAGGCAUCGCUAUUGCGGCUCCUCAAGGCAUCACCGACAAGUUAACUCCGACCGGUGCUGCACCAGCUGGUUGCACAGGUAGCUUCGACGGCAAGUUUGAGAUCAGUGUCGCAGAGGUUACUGAGAAGCGAAGCAUUUCUCAGCCUCAGAAGCGCGCCGAGUGCGGAAGCGAUGGCGUUCUUGUGUUGACAUUGAAGGAUGGUUCAACGUUUGACGCCAAAGACCGAACUGGUUAUAUCGCGUCCAACUACCAGUUUCAAUUCGAUGCUCCUGCUCAAGCUGGUGCUCUCUACACUAGUGGAUUUUCCCUCUGUGAGAACAAUAUCGUGGCGUUGGGAGACUCCAAGACUUUCUACCGAUGUCUGUCUGGCGAUUUUUAUAACCUGUACGAUCGCGAUUGGGCUCCCCAGUGUUCGCCUGUCUCGAUCAUCGCCGUCCCGUGCGGUUCAGAUGACCCAGCCUCGCAGAUACCCGAUGGCCAAGUUGUCGGCACCAGCGUUGUUCUGACUACUAUCGUCACCGCCUUGCCAGACGGCCAGCCGCAAGUUGUUACGACUUCAGUGCCUGUCCCUAUCUGUCAGAUCGGCGAUGGCCAAGUGCAACAGGUUACUACGCCUUGCGCCUCGGUAACAUCUAGCCCAACGAGCACGUAUGUUCCUGUGAGCGAGCAUACGGAUGGCCAGGUCCAAGUCACACCACCAGGCAGCGCACCUGCUCCCCCGGCUACUCCGACGGCCACUCCCACACCCGCCCCAUCCGCCCCUUCUGUUCCGGUUUCGUCAGCUCCCGGGCCCUCGGUUCCCGCACCCAGCAGCAGUGUACCGAGCUCCUAUACUAGCGCCAGUGCCAGCAUUAGCUCUAGUGCUAGUGCUACCGUUCCGGUGAGCUCAUCGUCACCGAUUCCCAGUGCUCCUAGUGAGACUUCGGCACCGCCCCAGAGCGGAUCAUCGCGUAUCUCGGUUGGAUCUGUCGGUGCGUUAGUCUUCACCGCAAUGGUGGCCUUUUUCUACCUGUAA